AUGCAAGAGGGAAUCGUAUCCAACGAAAAGAAACCGAAGACUGAGUCCCGUGGGCCGUCGCUCAUCUGUGGCUCUUGCGACCGCGACCAUCCAAACCUGACGUUGGGUCCGCUUCGUUGCGCAGCAGCACAUGUUGUACGCUCAAGUGCAUAUUGCAUACUUCGUACCGUGCACUUGUUCCCUAUCAGAGUGACAUCUGGAUAAAGAACCAUCGCAUAUAGCCCGUACUAUUGACCGUGUGGGGUCGGAUAACCCAAUCUCAGGAUUCAUAUUCCGCCAAAAUGAGUCCGGUGGAUACGACGCCAUUCCCGAUAUGGCCGCGCGACUUUGUGAGCGACCUCAAGUCCGCUCCGGAAACAUUAUCGAGUUGGGAUAAUUGCAUGGCCAAAUCGUAUUGCAAAUGGCCCGUAAUCGUUGCGAUCAUUGUUGGUGCGCUCAUUGUUAUCUCCAUUCUGGCAUGUAUUAUAAAUUGCCUGUGUUGCGGCAUCCAAUGUUGUAAAUGCUGUGGAUGCUGUUCAUGCUGCUGUCCGUCUCCCCGCCGAAAGAAGGAACCAAAAUACUUGGAUGACCCAUACAAUCAACCUCCACCGAUGCCGACAAACAAUCCUUAUCAGCCACCCGCUCCCCCAUCGCUACCUACUUAUCGUGGGGCGCAGGUUGCCCGCUUUGACACUCCCCCAAGUCCUGCAGUCUCCAAGGGCAAUGAAGAUGCGUUGCCCGCGAUGCCCACGUGGGAUAGUGCUGUAACCAAGAGGGUCGAAGAGCCGGGUCAUCACCAAGAUGCAAUGGAGAUGGAGCCUUUGAACCUUGCCAACCAAAGACCGCGUCGAAUGCCAUCCGCACCCCGAGCAAACGGAGCCGGCUACAUGGGGCCACCGCCUAUCAGGACAGAUACAGCCUUUAGUUCCUCCGGCUUCCACCCUGAUGACCAGGGCGCGUAUCAUGCUCGUUCUCCCGGCGGGCCCUCUCCAGGCCCUAUCUCGCCAUACGAACAACCCUAUGGUGAUUAUUCUCAAAACUAUGGAUCCCAACCGAACUACCUGCCAAUUGGUACGGCCGUCUCACCGGUUACUGAUGCCUCCCCUUCACCGUAUCGUCACCCAUCUCCAGCCAUCAACCAAACCCCAGGGAUGGCACUAUCCACGGAUGGCGCUCGCCCGAUUCCUUAUCGGCAACCAUCUCCUGCCAUCCACCAAUCUCCUAUCAACAGGACGAUGUCUCCUGCGAACGCAGCCCCUCCCUAUAGAGCAUUGACACCUGCAAACGCGAACCCAGCCUACAGGGCAAUGUCUCCUCCAACUCAAGAACCAGUGUAUAGGGCAAUGUCUCCCCCCAGUCACGAGCCUGUCUACCGGACCAUGUCUCCGCCUAGCCAGGAGGCGGCUUACCGCGCGAUGCCUCCUACCGGCCCUGAGCCCGCGUACCAGGCAAUGCCCCCGCCUGGCCCGGAGCCCACCUACAGGGCAAUGCCGCACCCGCUCAACACCGAACCGGUUUAUAGGGAUACAUCUCCUUCCAUUCCUUCGUCGCCCCCUCCACCAUUCACAUCCAGUCCCGCUCCGCAUGAAACCAUACAAGACUCGGGCAGGCCCCCAACCUUGCUACAGAGUGGCCGGAAGGCCGUUCCCAAUUCUUUCAGGGAUGUAUAAACAUUGCAACUGAUAGUGUUGAGAUUUUGUCUCGAUUUAAUCGCAGCCGCUCAUUGGCGUCUGUGGGUCAACGUCAAGGCCGAUUUGUUUAUACUCUCUUCUACAUACAGUCGAUAUAGUUGGCGUUCUUGCACAAUGUGUGGAAAUUACGCU